AUGCCGCCAUUCAUUAUCCAGCAGACCAAAAAGGAGGCUUCUGCCCCAAAGCCGGACAUGUUGGUACAGAUUCGGGGAACACCAAGGGAUGACGACAUCGUUAUUAACGGACAGGUGUAUCGCUUUCUAAAACCGAGCGAUUACUCUUGCGCCGUUGAAAAUCAGGAGGUGACACGCUCGUGGGCAAUUCCGGUUUACCCCUCUCGUAGCUGUAAGGAUGUCAGCAUCCCAGAGCUUUAUAAUCUACUGCAGGAUAGUGAGUACCAAUCUUUAUAG